AUGCCGCCCUCUCCAGUUAUCAUCAUCACCGGAACUCCAGGUACUGGAAAAUCAACUCAUGCUCAACUACUACAGGAUGCUUCACCAGUCCCUCUAAAGCACAUCAACGUCGGUCAAUUGGUCAAAGAUAAUGGCUUUCAUCAAGGCUUUGAUGAGCAAUGGCAAAGUUACACCGUAGACGAAGACAAGUUGUUAGAUGAACUCGAACCAUUAGUAUCCGCUGGUGGAAUAAUUCUUGAUUGGCACACCUGUGACAUAUUCCCCGAGCGAUGGGCAGAUCUAGUCGUCGUUCUACGCUGCAAUCAUACCAUGCUAUGGGAACGCCUCGAAAAACGUAACUAUCCUCUUAAAAAGAUACAAGAAAACAACGAAGCGGAGAUAAUGGAAGUCGUCCUCCAAGAGGCCCGAGACUCCUACCCCCAACAGAUUAUUGUUGAUCUCAAAAGCGAAUCUUCCCAAGAUCUCGAAAAUAACGUUGCAAACAUCGUUGAAUGGAUAAAACAGUGGUUAAAAGAUAACGAAAACAAAGUCGAUAUUUCAUAA